AUGUCAAAAGGCUAUUUUGGUGGUCGACGAUCAGGAGAUGAUAUGAGGUUUUACCCUUCGAACUACUAUGGGGGAUCAGCUAAGGAUACAUUUUUGACAGAUAAACGUGAGACAAAUAUGCAGUCUCAUGGGCAAGAAGCUUCUUUUGGUGCUUUGGAUAAUAAGAUGGGAUGGAUUGCAGCGUUUGGAACAGGCGGUUAUUUGAAUGAACAGCCUUUACUCGAAGGUGAAGUAAUAAGUGAUUUUGGAGUGUUGAGUGGCAGUUUCAGAGAAGAGUCUAUAGAGUUAGAGUUCUAUUAA